AUGGCACCGACCCUUCGAAGGGUCGGCUCCCGCAACCCCUCGCCUUAUCUCCUCUCCGUUCGCUCCUCAAAAACAUUCAUCCUUACCACUAUUUGCGUGGCCGUGUUUACAGAUAUCUUCCUGUACGGUAUCAUCGUCCCUGUCAUUCCGUUUGCGCUCUCCGCGCGCGCGGGGGUCCCGCAGUCCGACGUCCAAAGAUGGGUUUCGGUGCUCCUCGCGGUCUACGGCGCCGGGCUGCUUGUGGGGAGCCCUCUGGCAGGGUGGUAUGCAGAUCGGUCGUCGAGCCGGCGACUCCCGUUGCUAAUCGGGCUGGUGGCAUUAGCUGGUUCAACUGUGAUGCUGUGUCUUGCGCGGACCAUUGCGCUGCUGGUCGUGGGACGAUUGCUGCAAGGGCUCGCGGCCGCGGUGGUGUGGACCGUAGGGACCGCGUUGCUCGUGGAUACCGUGGGACAGAGGGAGAUCGGGCAGAUCCUGGGAUAUGUGAGCUUGAGUAUGAGCGUCGGUUUACUUCUGGCACCGUUGCUAGGCGGAAUCGUGUACGACAAAGCAGGAUACUACCCGGUAUACUACAUGGCCUUCGCCUUGAUUCUCGUCGAUAUUGUGCUUCGUCUGGUUUUGAUCGAAAAGAAGAUCGCAUGCCAAUGGGAUGUCAAUGAAACAGAAGCAGAGUCCGAAGUGGUCUCGACCGGGAGCGAAGGACCGGUCCCCGUCGACGGAAACAGAUCUCUCGAGUUGACUUUGCCUCAAGAGACACAGGUGGAACCACACCUCGCUGCCGCUGCCUACGAAGCAACACCCGCACCGCCUCCUCCCGGCCGUUCCAAGAUACCCCCGAUGUUGACGCUUCUCGCCUCCCGCCGCCUCUUAACCGCCCUCUGGGGCUGUAUCGUUCUAUCGUCGCUUAUGACGGCCUUCGACAGCGUAAUACCCCUCUUUGUCCAACGGGUCUUCGGUUGGAACUCUGUUGGGGCAGGCCUGAUGUUCCUCGCUAUUACGGUGCCAGCCUUUGCCAGCCCGAUCGUGGGCUGGCUAUCUGAUGAGUACGGCCCGCGCUGGUUCACGGUUGGCGGCUUCAUUUUCGCCAUCCCUAUGUGGGUGCUGCUCAGACUUGUCACGUACAACAGUAUACGUCAAAAAGUCCUCCUUUGCGCCUUAUUGACUUUGAUCGGUGUUAGCCUUACGUUGGUGAUGCCGCCUCUCAUGGCAGAGAUUGCCUAUGUCGUUGAGGCGAAGGAGAGGGAGCGCCCUGGACGAUUUGGGAGUACUGGGGCUUACGCACAGGCUUACGGACUGUUUAUAGCUGCGUUUGCCGCGGGGUCACUUAUUGGACCUAUGUGGGCAGGAUACGUAGAAAACGCGGCAGGAUGGGGGACUAUGUCUUGGUCUUUAGGCUUGUUUAGUUUUGCUGGAGCAGUGCCUUGCAUGAUUUGGACGGGUGGCUUGAUAACCGAAAGGAACGCAAGGAGCGGGGCAGAGAGGGCGGCCGGUAAAACCGCUAUUCUCGCCCAGAGUAGAGAAGAGAUUGGAGACAAGGUUUAA